AUGCGCCCACCCGCAGAGCGGAGCGGAGGGCCCAGAUUACACUGGUCUUCUAUUCUUGUCACGAGCAAGAAACUGUUAGCUGAUCCUGCUGCUUCUGCCGAGCCGAUUGACGGGUCUGCUGUUCUGGAAAGAGACUUAAUGGCUGCUGAUUCAAAUGUCCAAAAAGAACUGUGCAGCAAGCCUACUCUUGUCACGAGUGAGAAGGUGGUGGUUGAACCUGCUUCUUGUGCUGAGUCAGUAGGUGUGCCUGAUGUUUUGGGCUCAGCAUCUAACCUGGAGAGAAGAGAUCUAAACGAUGAAGAUCCAAUUAUUCAAAAAGAACUGUUCAGCGAGUCAGUAGAUGUCACAGGUGAUAAAAUGGUGGUCAAACCUGUCUCUCGCACCGAGUCAGUAGAUGUAUCUAAUGUUUUGGAAUCAGUAUCUAACCUGGAGGGAAGAGAUUUAAAUGUUGAAGAUUCAAUUGUUCAAAAAGAGCUGUUCACGGAGUCUACUCUGGUCACAAGUGAUAAAAUGGUGGUUGAUCCUGCCUCUUGCGCUGAUGUCUCUGAUGUCUUGGAAUCAGUAUUUAACCUCGAGAAAACAGGUUUGGAAGGUGAACAUUCAAAUAUUCAGAAGGAAUUGUAUGAGGAGUCUGCUCUGGUCACAAGGGAGAACGUGGUAACUGAUCCUGCCAUCUGCGCUGGGUCAGUACAUGUGUCUGAUGUCCUGGAACCAGUAUUUGACUUGGAGAAGACAUAUUUGGGAGGUGAAGGUUCAGAUAUUCAAAAAGAAUUGCAUGAAGGGUCUACUCUUGUUACAAGAGAGUACAUGGCGGUUAAUCCCGCCCCUUGCCCCGAGUCGACAGAUGUGUCUUUAACAGAACAAAAUCGUGGAACUUUGUGCAUGGAUACGCUAGCAGCAAUAGAGCAAUUCAUGACCGCUUCACCGGAGGAAGAACCACAAUGCUCUAGCCCCAUUGCGUUAUCCCCAUGGGGCGAAUCUGGUUACUAUCAAGGUGACGCUGUUGAUUCUGGACUAUGGGGUGUCCCGGAUGAUACAAUCAAUGAAAUGUGGUCAUUGCUAUCACCAACGCCUGCUCCCCAGCAUUCAUCUGGGGUUAAAUCUGAGGUGGAGGGUGGUGCCCAGUCUGUCAACGUGGCAACUGUUGCCCAAGGAGAGUAUGAUUUUUUUCAAAGAGAUCCAACACCAGGGGUGCAUUGGGGACUGACUGAGCAGGUGAAACCAAAAGCAACUGCUGCGCCUGUGUCAUCGAUAGAUGUGAAUGUGAGCACAGGAUUGUUCGGUUGGCAACCAUCAGCCAGUGAGAGAUCGAACACGGGUAACACGGCUGCUGCUGCAUGGAGCACUAGUCAGAAUUCAAACUACUUGUACUCUAGCUAUGGAGCAGCAGCACCCUCUGUCAGGACCUCUCAGGAAGCCCCAGUGAAGCAGGAAUACACCGAGUUGGAUGCUGCAAAUUUUGGAGGGGCCCUAGGGAAUUUCGGAGGGGGCCUAGGGAACAGCAGCAAGAACUGGAACGCGCCUGCUGGCAAUGCUAACCGAGGCAGCCAGCGCCGUGACAGGUACUCUCAGAUAAGCGAGUCUUGGCUCCUUAGCUCGAGUAACAACUCUAGGAGUAGGACAGACGGAUUUGGCGGGACAUCACGGACGCCCCCAAGGGGGUAGCCGCAUCGGGCCGCGGUGUGUAAAUUCCACGAGAGCGGGUACUGCAGGAAGGGCUCAUCGUGUAGCUACGUGCACACGUCGUUUCUACAACAGUAGAGGGAAGAAGAGGUUUUGCGAUUCUUUUGGUCAUAUGUUUCCACUUUUGUAUAGACUAAUCAGUCACGAUGGUAGCCGACCUUAGGAGGGCGCACACGAUCGAUCUCCAUUCAAGUGUAGUAGUAAGAGUACCAAGUAUAUAUAUGUAUCUCUAGCAUAGGAAAAUGACUGGAGUGUUUCCCCAAAGUAGAUUUGUCUGUUGUGGGGGCCAUGGCAGUAUUCCAAUGGAACUGUAUGUGUACCAAAACCAUUUCUUUCAUCUUGGCCUCGAUUCGCCUGAUGUGCCGGAAAAGUGAAGUGUGAUGUCCCGACUGAA